UUUGUAUUAUUAUUUACUGUUGUUUGCAUUGAAUGAACGCUUUAACGACUCGUUUCUCACUGUCAAUCGAUUGGAAACAAUUCAUUGUAGACAGUUUCAAAAUAAUAUUUAAAACGAUCACAACAAAUUAAUUGGAACAGCGGAACUUGCAGCAUGCUGUCGAUUAUCGUCUUUGGCAUAGUGUUAAUCUGCCUUCUUAGUUGGGAUCGUUUGAAAAGGCGACGACGUAACCAAUUCCUAAAACAGUUGGGCAUUCGAGGACCUUGGUUCAUAGUGCCUAUUAUAGGCGAUGCCUGGUUGGGUUUGGGCAAUGAUACAGCAAAUGUCUUCAAGCUCUUCGCAAGACUGGGUCGCAAAUAUGGCAAAGUUUUCCGCAUGUGGCUGUUCUUUAGGCUCAUGUUGGUUAUAUCGGAUGUCAAGUAUUUCGAAGCUAUUCUAAGCAGUCCAGGCGUCAUUAGGAAAUCUUUUAUCUAUGAUAUGCUGUCGGGUUGGUUAGGCGAUGGUCUCUGGUUGAGCUACAGUACAAAGUGGCAUGUUAGACGAAAGCUGCUAACACCCACCUAUCACUUUAAGAUUUUGGAACAAUUUGUUGAGGUAUUCGAUCAACAAAGUCGGGUGUUGGUUAAACGCCUUUCCACCAUGGCCGAUGGCAAAACGGUUUAUAAUAUGUUUCCAAUAAUAUGUCUAACAGCAUUAGACAUUAUUACGGAAACGGCCAUGGGUGUAAAAGUCAAUGCCCAAGAUCAUCCGGAAUUUGCUUAUGCCAAAGCGGUUAAAGACGCCACCGAUGUAAUUGCCACUCGUGCUAUGAAACCCAUUCAAUAUUUUCAUCUUGGAUUUCUGCUGACUGCAUUUCCAUCUUAUCUCAAAUUGAGGAAAAGCAUUCGCAUAAUGCACGAUUUUACAAAUAAAGUGAUUUUCGACAGGAAACGGAAAAUUGAGUCGGAACGUAUGAAUGCCAAAGAAACUUCUCUAAGUUUGGAUGACGCUCAAAACGAUGUGGGACAAAAGAAACGCAUGACAUUUUUGGACGUUCUGCUGCAGUCGCAUAUUGAUGGACAACCGCUAAAGGACGAAGAAAUACGAGAGGAAGUUGACACAUUCAUGUUUGAAGGACAUGACACAACGACCAGUGGCAUAUCCUUUUGCUUAUAUCUAUUAGCACGUCAUCCACAUGUCCAGCAAAGGGUCCUUCAGGAAAUAAACGAGGUAAUGGGAGAAGAUAAGAGCCAAGCAGUUACUAUGAAAGAUUUGCAAGAGUUGAAAUAUUUGGAGGCGGUCAUAAAGGAAUCAUUACGAUUGUAUCCUUCAGUGCCAAUAAUUUCACGUUACACCGAAAAAGACAUAGAAGUGGAUGGUCAUUUUAUACCGGCGCACAGUAAUCUUUCCCUCUUGAUUUAUGAUGUGGCUCGAGAUCCAGAUAUUUUUUCAAAUCCUGAUGAUUUCAUACCCGAAAGAUUUUACCAAAAAUUGGAACAAAAUUACAAUCCCUUUGCCUACACACCCUUUUCGGCAGGGCCACGCAACUGCAUUGGACAGAAGUUUGCCAUGUUGGAAAUGAAAUGCACGCUUAGUAUGGUGCUGCGAUACUUUGAACUUUUGCCACUGGGUGUCAGUGUAGUGCCACAAAUGAAUAUGAUCCUACGCUCGGCCACCGGUAUCAAUUUGGGUUUGAGGCCUCGCUUUGAAAGCCUUGAAACUAUGUAUCUGGAAUUGCUGAUACUCCUCAUGAUCUUGGCCUUUACUGCCGACUAUCUGAUGAGGAAAAGGAUAAAUGACAUUGUAAACGCUUCAAAUUUCCCUCGCCCCAGAUAUACUUUGCCCAUACUUGGAGACUGUUUGCCAUAUCUUGGUUUGGAAAUAAAAGAUUCCCUGGACUUCUUCAAUCGUAUGCAUGAGAAAUUCGGGAAAGUAUGUCGCCUGUGGGUCUUCUACAGAUGCAUCUUCUUUGUGCAAGAUGUGAAAUUCUUCGAACACAUCCUCAGCAGUCCAACACUGAUAAGCAAGUCCUUUUUCUAUGACAUGGUGUCGUCUUGGCUGGGCAAUGGCCUACUCUUGAGCACUGGCUCCAAAUGGCACAAACGUCGCAAGAUUAUAACGCCUACGUUCCACUUCAAGAUACUGCAGCAAUUUGUGGAGAUCUUUGAUCAUCAUUCGCGCACCAUGGUUAGCAAACUAUCAAAGAUAGCCGAUGGAAAAACCUCCAUAGAUAUUUAUCAGGCAGUGUGUCCAGCUACUUUGGACAUAAUAGCCGAGGCGGCUUUGGGGGUGAAAAUAGAUGCCCAACAAAAUACUGAUAUUGCCUAUACAAAGGCCUUGAAAAUAGUUGCCCAUAUAACAUGGUAUCGCUUUAUGAAUCCCUUUCGGUAUUCCGAUAUCAAUUUCAUGCUACUAGCUCCAAGAUAUUACAUGCAAUUGCACAAAAACAUACGCAUAAUGCAUGUCUUCACGGAAAAGAUGAUCAAUGAAAGAAGGGCAACCUUGACAAGAUCUAGCGAAUCAGCAAAGGCUUCCCAAUCAUGUCCAGACAUUGUGGAGGACGACCAAUCAGUUGGUCUAAAGCAGCGCCUGUCAUUUCUGGAUGUUCUUCUGCAAGCCACAAUUGACGAUCAAUAUCUUACAAAUGCCGACAUACGUGAGGAAGUCGAUACAUUCACUUUCGAAGGGCACGACACUACCACCAGUGGCAUAUCUAACACCUUGUAUCUGUUGGCUCGCCAUCCAAAGGCACAAGAGAAAGUGUUUGAGGAAAUUUUAAAUGUUAUUGGUGCAGACAAAGAGAAGUCGGUUGGCAUGAAUGAAUUGCAAGAGCUUAAAUAUCUUGAGUGUGUCCUUAAGGAGAGUAUGCGUUUGUAUCCCCCUGUUCCCCUCAUAGGAAGGGAGGUCAAAGAGGAUACCAAAAUCGGUGAUCAAGUUUUACCUGCCAACAGCACGAUUUGCAUGUCCAUAUAUGCCAUAGGUCAUGAUCCACAAUUAUUUGAAUUUCCUGAAGAAUUUCGUCCAGAACGCUUUGCCUGCAGCAAAGACGAGAAAAUAAAUCCCUAUGCCUAUGUUCCCUUCAGUGCUGGCCCACGCAACUGUAUUGGACAAAAAUUUGCCAUCUUGGAGAUGAAAUCAAUCGUAAGCUGCAUCAUACGUCAUUAUGAACUAUUGCCUUUGGGUGUCGAGUUUCAACCGAUAGUAAGCCUGGUUUUACGUUCAUCUACUGGUGUAAAUUUGGGUUUGAAACGUCGCAUUUAAAACAAAAUUCUGAGAAAAUCUUAGUACAUUUUUAUACCCUCCACCAUAUGAUGGGGAUAUACUAAUUUCAUCUUCCGUUUGUAACUCCUCAAAAUAUUGGUCAUCACGUCAUCACAUUUUAAAACGAUCUAGCUAUGUCCGUCCGUCUGUCUGUCGAAAGCACCCUUGAAAUUUUGCACAAAUACUUCUUAUUAGUGUAGGUCGGUUGAGAUUUUAUGUCGGUCCAUGUUUUGAUAUAGCUGCCAUAUGAACCGAUCUGGGAUCUUGACUUCUUGAGCCUCUAGAGGGCGCAAUUACUAUCCAAUAUGGCUAAAAAUUUUUACAACGGCUGCUCCUCUCAUGAUCUUUAAUUUACGUGUCAAAUAUGUUCUGAAUCGGUCUAUAGCCUAAUACAGCUCCCAUGUAACUGGGAAGCGUAAAUAAUUGCUCACGAAAUGGGCCACAAGCAACGCUGUUUCAUAGUUGUUGCCUUUGUUAUGUGUCGUUGUAUGACUUGUUUGUAUUACAUCGUUCAGUAGUCACAAUUUUUUAAUUUUAAUUUUUAAUGGACAAUUUUCGUGCGAAUGAUCUUAAUGCUAGGCUUUACUACAUUCUAACAUCAUGCCAUGUGUGAUCAUAAAGUACGUUUACACUGAUCAUUACAACCUGCUGUAAUGCCUUAAUCGCCUGUCUUCCCAUAAAAAAUGCAGCUGACGUUAGCCAUAGAUUUGGAUUUAAGGAGCAGUAUAAAUGAGGUUAUAGUCUGAAUAGGUUCAUAACAAGAUAUCGCAUAUAAACCGUUCUUGAUGUUUGCCCUCUUAAGCGAUAUGGGCGCAACUCAUACCCCAUUUGGCAAGAGCAGCACAGUUUUAAUACAAGUUGGACGACAAUCAUAUGAUAAGGGGCCUCCUUUCCAUAGCCGAGUCCGAUACCUCUUUGGGGAGAAGUUUUUACAUGGCAAAGUACCUCACAAAUGUCGCCAACACUAGGAGGGGACAACCACCGCUAAACAUUUUUUUAUAAUUUUCUUGCCAGGAUUCGAACCCAUGCUUUCAGCCUCAUAGGCGGACAUGCUAACCUCUGCGCUACGGUGGCCUUCAUUGUAAUUUAAUAGUUUCAUAUAUUUCCAUAUAUUUGUUAGAUUUUACAUACUUUUUAAUAAAAAUGUAUUUUAUUUCA